CACGAGGGGAGGGAGUCCUCUGCUGCUGCCGGCAAAUGGCGUCGUCGCUUCUUCUUCUUCAUCUCCAUCCUCCUCACUUUUCUUCUCCGAUCGCCACUCGAAGGGAUUCCGGCUUUCCGACGCCUCUGAUUCCUUCGCCUUUCCGGGUUUCUCUCCGAACAACCAGGCGAAGCGGGAGAGGAAGAUGCAGCACCAGCACGAGUAGCGAAGUGAGCUUGUCUGAGGAGUUUCAAAGAGAUGAACAGUCUGACGAGCUCAGGAUCAUGUUAUCCGGAGGAGGAACAGGAGGCCACAUCUAUCCGGCGAUAGCAGUCGCCGACGAGAUCAAGACUCUGCAUCCCACUGCUCGCUUCCGUUUUGUUGGCAGGCAGUACGGGGUGGAAUGGGCGGCCGUUCAGGCCGCUGGGUUCGAGAUCGUGGCCAUCCAGGCUUAUGCUCUAAAGCGUCCGUUCUUGUCCGUGGCGAAUCUUUUGCUCCCUUUCCGGCUCCUGAAGUCUAUGGCGGAGAGUUGGAGGAUUCUAGAUGAGUUCCGGCCGGAGGUCGUCAUUGGCACCGGCGGAUACGUGUCCUUCCCAGUGUGCUUUGUAGCUGCUCUGCGAGGGAUAAAGAUGGUGAUCCAGGAGCAGAACUCACAGGCGGGGCUGGCAAACUGGGUUCUCUCGGCGUUCGCAACGAAGAUCUUCCUGGCGUUCUCAUUGUGCGUCCAGUACUUUCCAGCUGACAAGUGCAUGGUCACCGGCAAUCCCGUGAGACCGUCUUUGCGGGCAUUCGUCUCAAAGGCGGUAGCGAGGACGCAUUUCUUCCCUAGCGCGGGGAAAUCCGCCAAGACGCCGCAGGUGGUGCUAAUUCUCGGAGGAUCGGCAAAGGCCAACAAUGUCAACGUUGCGGUUCUUAAUAUGUACUCUCAGAUGCUGAUGGAGCAUAAAGAUCGCUACAUUAUCUGGCAAACGGGGCACGAUGGCUUCGAUGAAAUGGAGAGCCUGGUUAAGGGUCAUCGUCGCCUCUCGCUGGUCCCUUUUUUGGAGAGGAUGGAUUUGGCAUAUGCUGCUGCAGACCUUGUUAUUUCCAGGGCAGGUGCAAUGACAUGCACAGAGAUCUUGACGACUGGGAAACCUUCUAUUCUUAUACCAUUACCAGAUGUUGCAGAAGAUCACCAAACAAGAAACGCAUCUAUUAUGACAGAGAUAGCUGGUUCAAUGGUGCUGGACGAGGAGAUGCUUGACUCGUCUACACUUAGAGCUGCAAUUGAGGAAAUAUUAGGUGAUGAGAGCCUCAUGACAGAGAUGUCUGAGAAAUGCUUGAGGUCAGCAAUGCCUGAAGCUUCAAGACAAAUAGCCGAGCAGAUUCUUUCUCUUGUUGAUGUCUCUCACAAACAGUAGAAACAAAGUAUGUAACUGUUUGUCACAUCUUUCCCGAAACUACCAUUUUUUGGAUCUAUGUCUGAUUAUAGUAGAGAAUUAGAAUGACAUUUAGAUUUACUUGGGCUUAUGGACUUACUAUUGCUUGUAGAUGGAAAUCUUUGCCUAUUUUUGGUGAUCAUUCUUAAUCUAGAACUUCUUAGGGGUAAACUUGUCAGGAACAAUUGAGAUUAAGGUCAGCUAGUGUAGGAGUUCUUUGCUUUCUCGCA